AUGUUCAUCGCACGAUCGGAAUACGACCGUGGAAUCAACACCUUCUCGCCCGAAGGUCGUUUAUUCCAGGUCGAAUACUCUCUCGAAGCUAUCAAGCUGGGAUCCACGGCGAUCGGUGUCGCGACAUCCGAAGGUGUUAUUCUCGGCGUGGAGAAGCGUGUCACGUCUACCCUGUUGGAGGCGUCCUCGGUCGAAAAGAUUGUCGAGAUCGAUCAGCACAUUGGCUGUGCCAUGUCUGGCUUGCAGGCAGAUGCCAGGUCUCUUGUUGAACAUGCCCGUGUUGAGGCACAGAACCAUGCCUUCAACUAUGCCGAGCCGUUGCGCGUCGAAAGCUGCACACAGGCAAUAUGUGAUCUGGCGCUGCGAUUCGGCGAGAGUGGAGAUGAGGAGGAAAGCGUCAUGAGCCGGCCGUUUGGCGUAGCGCUCCUGAUUGCAGGUUACGACGAGGAUGGUCCCCAGCUCUAUUAUGCCGAGCCCUCCGGCACAUUCUACCGAUACGACGCCAAGGCCAUCGGAUCCGGAAGCGAAGGUGCCCAGGCCGAGUUGCAGAACGAAUAUCACCGUUCCCUGACACUAAGCGAAGCCGAGACUCUUGUUCUGAAGACCUUGAAGCAGGUCAUGGAGGAGAAACUCGAUGCGAAGAACGUCCAGCUGGCGAGCGUGACGAAGGAGAAGGGAUUCCGGAUCUACGAUGAAGAGGAGAUGGGAAGAGCUGUGGCACAACUGGGCAGUAAUCAAUAA